ACGCUCUUUGCUCAUACCACCUUCUACCUCUGUAUCUCCUGCCUUUCUUUUAGCUAGCUAGCAUUUUCUCUGUACAAUAAUUAUACCGGAUUUUUGGCCAUGGCAUCAAGCUCGUCUUGGACUCCGAAGCAAAACAAAUUGUUCGAGAAUGCUUUGGCUAUCUAUGACAAGGAUACACCGGACCGCUGGCAUAAUCUAGCUAGGGCUGUUGGAGGUAAAACUAUUGAGGAAGUGAAGAGGCAUUAUGAGUUGCUUGUUGAAGAUGUUAGGGAGAUUGAAGCUGGCCAUGUUCCUUUGCCUAAUUACAAAAAAGCUGGACUCGGCAGCAAAGGCUACUGCAGCUUCGUGGAAGAAGAACAAAGGCUGAAGGGUCUUAAGCUGCAGUGAAGUAUGAAUCUACCAGCACAAUUCAUGCGAUCAAAUAAGGAUCCGAAAUGUUUCAAGUCAUAAAGGGCAGUACAAAACUAUCCGAGAAAAAAAUAAAAUGAAAAGAAGUACGUCCUAAGUGACGAGCAUGGGAUGCAAUUAGAGAUCUCUCGCUUGAGUUUUAUUUUUUCAUUAAAAUAUUAAUAUUUUCUUAUGAUAUGUACCAAUGCUCUUUUCGUGUAAUGGGUUCUUAGUUAUACAUAUAAGUGCUACUAUUUCUAGCUA